UUGGUUGGAUAUGGCGCUCUAUCCUCGAGGCUUCCUUCCUUUUUUCUGCUCUAUGGUCUUUACUUCCUUUUCCAGCGAGAGGCUUUCUCUCUUUGGGCGCCGCUAACUUUGGGAACAUGGUUAACGUACCAAAAACCCGCAGGACUUACUGCAAGAAAUGUGGCAAGCACCAGCCCCACAAAGUCACCCAGUACAAGAAGGGUAAAGAGUCUUUGUAUGCCCAAGGAAAGCGGAGAUAUGAUCGCAAGCGCAGUGGCUACGGUGGUCAGACGAAGCCCAUCUUCCGCAAGAAGGCAAAGACCACAAAAAAGAUUGUGCUGAGGCUGGAGUGUGUGGAACCGAACUGUAGGUCGAAGAGGAUGCUGGCCAUUAAGAGGUGCAAGCACUUCGAGUUAGGGGGAGACAAGAAGAGAAAGGGCCAAGUCAUCCAGUUCUAGGCAUUCUUUGGUAUGGAACGCAUUAAAAUCCUGUCAGAAUGCA